CUCAACUUUUGACUUGUACUUCACCAAGACAGUGAAAACACAGCAGGAAUCUCUGUAACGCUGAAAGAGUUGCUAUCGAGAAAUAUCGGGAGAGGUUGAUUUGACUGCGUUAAUCUCGAUCUCCCUUGGACCAUUUCAUAAUCUAGUUGCCAGGAAGCCCCGUCAUAUUCGCCUGCUGCCUACUACUACUUCGUCAAGAUGUCUUUUGGUGCCUUCGAUCCCGGAAAUCCGGAACACCUCUACAACAUGGCACGCCAUGGCCGACGACCCAUAAUCCAGCGGUUCGACGAGUAUUACAGAUGUUACCCCCUCAUCAUGGCGCCGGGCAGUGAACGGCCAGAGCUGAACUUUGGAUCCAAGAUCAUUCUUCCGCCGUCGGCGCUGGACAAAGUUUCUAAACUUCAUGUUCAGUGGCCCUUGCUGAUGGAAAUGAUUAACGGCGAAAAAGGCAAACACUCGCAUGCUGGUGUUCUAGAGUUCAUUGCUGAAGAAGGUCGGGCAUAUAUCCCCCAGUGGAUGAUGGUGACCCUGGGCUUGGAUGUGGGUGACAUGAUCCAGAUUCGAACGACUUCGCUUGAGCUGGCCAGAAUGGUCAAGCUUCAGCCACAAUCCGUCAACUUCCUCGAUAUUAGCGAUCCAAAGGCAGUUUUGGAAAAAGCAUUCAGAAAUUUUGCAACCCUUACAAAAGGCGAUAUUUUCAACUUUGAGUACAACGACGAGGUCUACGAGGUCGCGGUCCUGGACGUCAAGCCAGAGACAGAAAAGAUGGGUGUCAGCAUGAUUGAAACUGAUGUGUCGGUUGAGUUUGCGGCACCGGUUGGCUACGUCGAACCUGAGAGGAAGAGCGGAACCAGCACACCAAGGAGCACCAUGGGCGGCGUGCCUGCUGGCGGUGUUUUACACAGUCAGGGGACCAUGGCUCAAGCCAUAAACUACAGCUCUAUUGCUCCAUCAGUGACCAGCGUGCCGACCAAUUUCCUUGGAGAAGGCCAGCGAUUGACCAAGAAGGGGAGCAAGACUGCAACGCCAAAACCCGCAACGCCAGUACCGGUCGACACGACCGGCGCCCCAAGACGACGAAACGGCGCCCCCGCACCUCUUCGCCUUCCUCCCAACAAGCUUUUCUUCGGAUACGAACUGAAGCCACUGAAGACGGAUACCGAGAAGGACCAGGACAAAGAGAACUCAUCCAAGCCCCACUUUGCUGGUCAAGGACAGAGUCUGCGUGGGACCACGAAGAGAAAGGGAGACGCCGACGACAAGUCAAAAGCCCCAGAUAAGAAGGGACCAAAUGAUGGAAACAGACUAGAUGGCCGACGACCACGGUAAAUGGGCCUCAUUGUUGGUAUUAUUCAUCUUGCAGUGCGGCGUUUGGGGCUGGGAAAUUGUGACAUAGGAUGGUUUGAUGAAUUCAUAGCAUAGAAAUCAUAGCUCUACGUUUUCUUUCGC